UCUAUAACAUUUCCUGAUAAAAUGCUAACAUGCGCCCGUUCUCUUCUUAAGAUACGCAUCUUCUCCGGCGUCUCUCUCUUGUCUAACCAUCUUCUCCUUUGCGCCAUAUUCAUUUCUUAGUGAAGCCAUUUCAGUAGAUGAAUCAGCAGUCAUUUCAAUUAGGUUUCAAAUCUCUAAUUAAUCUCUCCAGUCUUGCAGCAAGAUCAAGACAGUUAAAGAUUAAAUCAGUGGUUCCUUUAAGAUUCAGCUUAAUGACUGCUAAACGACACCGUUCAUCUUCUUCGUCAGUGAUUGAGGACAAGAAGGAUAGUGAGAAACAUAAGGGAUUGAAAAGAGUAGCAAUCCCCAAUUCUAGAGGUAAUGCUGCCAAGGAAAAUGAUUUGGAAAUCCAAUCAGUUGAAAUUCAAAGUAUGAAAGAUGAUCCUUCCAAAAUUGAGGAAAUGACAGUUCAACAACUUCGGACAACAUUGAGGAGUGUUGGAAUACCUGCCAAAGGUCGCAAAUCAGAGCUGGUAUCUUCUUUAAAGUCCUUUGUGGACAAGCACUUGGAUGGUGAAAGCUCUAAGGAAGCAGAGGACCGAAUUUGCUCUACUCCUACAGAAUAUAUUUUGCUGCAAAACAAUGUCAAUAAUGUAUGUGAUGAAAACAUCAGUAUUGCUUCAGAAGUUUCAUGUCUUAAACAGAGUAAUAGAAAGGUGAAACAAUCUCCUAGCAAGGACGAAACUGUUAAUGAUGCUCAAAUCGUCACAACAAAAGAGAAGCUUUCAAUUAAAAAAAAUAAGUUCUCAGUUCGGACGUCCUCACAGACAAGGAUAAAAUUAUCUUCUCCCGAUAAUCUGGUUAUCGAGCCUCAUGCUGAACCUUGGACAAUUCUUGCUCACAAGAAGCCUCAGAAAAGUUGGAUUGCAUACAAUCCCAGAACCAUGAGGCCUCCACCUCUUGCCGAGGAUACAAAGUUUGUGAAACUAAUGUCUUGGAACGUAAAUGGGUUAAGAGCACUGUUAAAGUUAGAGGGAUUCUCAGCUGUUGAACUUGCCCAAAGAGAAAAUUUUGAUGUGUUGUGCUUCCAAGAGACCAAACUGCAGGAAAAGGAUGUCGAGUCUAUUAAACAAUGUUUGAUAGAAGGGUACGAGAAUAGCUUCUGGACGUGUAGCCAUUCCAAACUUGGUUAUUCAGGCACUGCCAUUGUCUCUCGGGUAAAGCCACUUUCUGUCAGCUAUGGUCUGGGCAUAGCAGACCAUGAUAGUGAAGGAAGACUUGUGACAGCGGAAUUUGAUUCAUUCUAUCUAUUAAAUGCAUAUGUUCCUAACUCUGGAGAUGGAUUAAAACGACUGUCAUACAGGGUUUCUCAGUGGGAUCUUUCUCUUAGCAACUAUAUGAAGGAACUGGAAAAGUCAAAACCAGUCAUUUUGACUGGUGAUCUGAAUUGUGCUCAUCAAGAGAUAGAUAUUUACAACCCUGCUGGAAAUAGAAGAAAUGCUGGGUUUACAGAUGAAGAAAGACAAUCAUUUGAAACAAACUUUUUGUCGAGGGGAUUUGUGGAUAGUUUUAGAAAACAGCAUCCUGACGUUGUUGGCUACACUUACUGGGGUUAUCGACAUGGUGGACGGAAAACUAAUAAAGGAUGGCGGCUCGACUAUUUCCUUGUCUCUGAAUCUAUAUCAGACCAAGUUCAUGAUUCGUACAUUGUUCCUGAUGUUACUGGCAGUGAUCAUUGCCCAAUUGGCCUAGUACUCAAGGUCUAGCUUUUGCUAAAAGUGAUUGACAGGGGGGCAAUAAGGAUCAAUUUGACCUGAUGGACAACAAUGAGAAUGCAGUUUCAUGAUAGGGUUAAAAACCAGAAUCCGAUUUUGCUAGUUGAUGUGCUCCCUUGAAAUAUUAUUAUUUAUAAAAUCAACUUUUAUCAAAAUCCAAAUUUAGCAUUGGUAACUUCUGAAGCAAAUGGAAGUUGAACAAACAUUUGCAGUUUUGAGACUAGUUUUUGGAUUUUGAUGGAAUAGUUUAGGAAACUCUGUUUGUCAAGAGUAUCUUUUCAUGUAUUUGGUAUUUUCCUGUCCAUUGAAGCAAAGGGUCUGCCCAAAGAUUCUAUGAA